AUGAUUCCAAAUUGCACCCUUUUUUUCAGGACAACUUCAAUCUACUGUUUUAUCGUGCAACACAAGCACUUAAGGAAGACAACAACAUUAGAAAAAUCAAUGCUUUGCUUACAUUAUGUGCAAUGGUGCGAGGCAUAUUUAGAAAGAGCCAAGGCAAUUAUGGCUUUGAUGUCAUUAAUCUGCUCAUAGGAUUUGAUUCAGCUGAAUCUGUCAUGCAGUCCUUAAUAGAGAGCAUCAACAUGUUCCUCACUGGAGAUUGUCCUACAGGCUUGAAGAAAUUAGCCCUGAAGUUUAUGCUUGUCCUAGUGACGGCAACAGACAAUAUAAGCCAGAACACGAUGCUGGAGUAUGUUCUCAUCAACAGUGUAUUUGAGUCUCUGUUACAGAUUCUAGGAAACCGUAACUUGAGGCCAGUGCUUGGACAAGAUGCUGUGCUGUUGCUGACCUUGCUUGUGCAAUAUAGGAAAUAUGAGUCGGCUAAUCCAUAUGUGGUUAAACUAUCUAUACUGGAUGAUGAACUUGCUCUGACGGGUUAUGCACAGAUUGUCUCCCAGCUGCUGUCAGAGUUUAACAAUGACUAUGUGAAUCAGUGUGAGGAGCCUUCAACAGGAUGGUUCUCUGCCCUAGCAAGUGUG